AUGGUCGUCGUCUGGACAUUACGUGAAAGGGUGAACGACAAGAUGAUCUUUUUUCACAUUUUCUACCGAGUUGCUUUUCUUACGACGGCGUUAUUACACCUUUGUUGGAAUGAUCUGGUCAAAGCUGUCGUGACUAUUGUUGCAACAUGUCUGUCGAAUCCCAGACAACCCAUUAUCCAAAGCAUCCUGAGGCUGCAUAGUCUGGUCUUGGUGUGUUUUGUCCUGGCGUUCUGCUUCCAUGCUGCGUCGGCCAGCACACAGCAACUACCGUUAGAAAGCCGCCUCGACAUUCUGAGUGCUCAAUACUUUCCACGGGAGCUGAAGAGAUUGGGAGAGCAGUUCGAUGACAUCCAGACCCCAGAUGGAUUCGGAAACAUAACUUCGCCAUAUCGCGGUCUUUCGUUCGAUGGGUUCUAUGCCUUCGACCCAUCACAUCCGAGAUUGGAUGGUAUCAUUUCAGCGAACGACUUGAAUUGCGCCACCUCCAAGCCAAAUGCCUUGUACGGAACCAGAGACAACUUUGGGUCCGAAAUUCGGCAUAUGGCAGCCUCUGGGUUGGAGAAGCGGCCUUCGAUUCAGUCUCGCAGCCCAACAGAAACGUUCACGGUGCAUCGUCUGAAAAUGAAACCGCUGGACAUGCCCUUGGGAUUCGUGACCAUCCAUCUCCAGGGCUCUCGCUCGUCAAAGACAGGAAGUUCUUUGCACUGGAGCGUCGACUUCCCGGCCGGAUUUCAUCUUGUUCUCGACGUGCGGCUUGAAGAAUUCAGUAAGCAAAUGUGGAAUGGACUGGAACGGCUAGUGAUGUGGGCGGACUUCCACUACAAUGAUGUCAAAAUGGACUGGGAGUUUUGCGUCGAUGAUAUUGGUGUUGACUUUGAAGUGCAGUGA